AGGAAAGGGACAUAGUAAGGAGGUUUAGGAACAAGACGGAGCUGCUGCCUGUGAUACAGUACAGACUGACAGACACCAGUCAUUUUCCUCCUGCAGCUUCCAGCCACUGUGCCAGCCUGUUUGAAACAACCAGGGGUGGAAGUGCAGGCGACAGAGAAAGGGAGUAGCCUGCUCGCAGAGGUCAGGCAAGGCAGGCGUGCAGGCAGGCAGAGGGGAAGCCGCUCGAUGUUUUCUAAGAGUUUGCUUAUCUGACACUGACAACAGGAUGAGGAGCUGAACCAGGGAACAGAGAGGGAGGAAAACAUGGAGCAUUCAACUAUACCUCCAGUUCAUUCUCACAGGCAACACAGGAUAGGCAGGCACCGGCUGCUCCGGGAAUGAAAUUGAAACAGAGGGAAGUAGCAGAGGAGGGUAAAUAGUCCACUUUGUCCGUUCUGUCUGAAGGAGCUGGAGCGAGAGCCGAGGGAUCGUAACACUGGAGCUCAAGGAUAAACCAUGGACUCUGCAUACAUCCCACCACACCUGGACGUCCACCAUGUUCCCUGCUAACCUCCUGCUCCUCAUGGUCCUGCUGCUACCUCAAGCCUCGUCUGGUCGCCAGGGCGGAGACACCAGCGAGAUCGACCAUGGCAGGGUGCCCCCCUCUCCCUCGUCCCUGUCCUCCCUCCCCUCGCUCCUGGAUCCAGGCCUGGCCCAGACCAUACAGACUCUCCUCCUGAGCCGGCUGGGCCUGCAGUCACAGCCCGACCCGCGGCCGGGGGUGCAGGUGCCCCGCUACCUCCUGGAUCUUUACCGCUUCCACCAGCAGCAGUACCACCUGGUGGAGGACCCUUUGUUUAGUUUCCCCAGCCAACACAUCCAGCAGGCCAACACUGUACGCAGCUUCCACCACAGCGAACCCCUUGGAGACAGUCCCACAGCAGAGUAUCAUACCAGGGUGCACAUCUCCUUCAAUAUCUCCUCCAUCCCUCAGGAUGAGAAAGUGCUCUCUGCCGAGCUCCGGCUGCUCCGCGGCGGCCGAGCCUCUCUGGGCUCCGGGCCUCACAGACUGAAUCUCUAUGUCUCCGAGCACCACGGAAGCUCUGAACCCGCUCUGCUGGAGACUAGGUUACUCAACGCUGACCUCCACGGCCAAAAGCCAAGUGGUUUAUGGGAGGCCUUCAGCGUGAGGGCAGAGCUCCUCCAUAAGGCGCACGCUGGGACCGGCAGCCUGAGCUUCUUUCUGGAGGUCCGACCUGAAAACAGCACCAGCGCUGCAGAUGAGGAGGAGGCGCCGAAACGAAAAGAGGGACACCUGAGGGUGUGCAGGUCUGUGGGUCAGGACGAUCACAGCUGGGCCCAGGAGAGACCCCUCUUGGUGACUUACAGUCAUGACGGCCAUGGCGAGCCUUUAGUUAAACACGGCAGGAAAAGCACUGGCAGUUCCCAGAGGAUGAAAGGAAGAAAAGGGACAAAGCUGAAGUCCAGGAAGAGCAACAAGAGCCGCAGCAGGGACCAAUCCUGGGGGAGGGACAGAAAAAUGAGGGACGCGGUGCCGGGGUGGGGGGAUAAUAAAGGAGGAGUCGGCUGGAGCGAUCGCGGAAGGGUGAAAAGGAACGGCGGCCGCGCCGCAAAACUGAAACGCCUUUCCCGUAACAGGUGCCGCCGCCAUCCCCUGUACGUAGAUUUUAACGACGUGGGUUGGCACAAGUGGAUCAUCGCGCCAAGCGGCUACGACGCCUUCUUCUGCCUGGGGGAGUGUCGCUUCCCUCUGGCCGACCACAUGAACUCCUCCAGCCACGCCAUGGUGCAGACUCUAGUGAACUCGGUGAACGGAGCGGUGCCGCGGGCCUGCUGCGUGCCCACCUCCCUCAGCCCCAUCGCCCUGCUCUACCUGGACCCUCAGGACCGGGUGGUACUGAAGAACUACCAGGACAUGGUGGUGGAGGGCUGCGGGUGCCGGUAGUGUGGACGCGGAGAAUCUUGACACUCACAGAUAGAUGGAGGAGCAGCAUGGGAAUUUAGGAGAAAAAAAAAAACUGAAGCAUGCAAAGGCAGCCAGCAAACUGCAAACAGACUGAGAAAAAUGUAGCAGCAAGAGGAAAGAGAUGAGGGAAUGGAUACAGCAGCCAAAUCAUGAAUAUCAGGGGCAAGAAAAGAGGUCAGGCAUAGGAAAAGAGGAAAAAGGAGCGGGGGAAAACAGACUGCCAUACAAGAGGAUAAAAGAUUACUUAAUAACCCAGAAAGAGAUGUGCAAGCAGAAAUACGGUCGACAUAGGUAUACUGCCAGGAUUUAUUUUUACUUCUUCUCCAUUUAGCUAUGGUGCAGCUGUACAUCACUAACGGACAGGCGGCUUGUUUUCUCAUGAGAAUCCAGCGCUUUAGCAUCAGCUGCUUUAACAUGGAACGCUCAUCUCGCUCUGACAGAGCCGAACGGCCAGCGUUCAGAUAACUUCAUCACAGGCGUAGAUUUUAAGCUCCGCGGCAGGGUUUACUGUGGUCUGCAUCUGCUUGAGGGUCUCAGUGACGACCGACAGCAUUAGCAAUACGACGAUGGCACCAGCACGACGUCUGAACUUUGUGUGACAGUGUUCCUGCAGUAUUUCACCCAAACAAUGAGGUUCAUGUGUGUUUUUUUGUUUGUUUUUUUUUUACGACUGUUCCUCACAAGCAUCCCUACGUCACAAGCUAUUUAAAAACCACAACAAUAAUGCUGAGGAACUAUUACGCUCAUUUUUGAAUGUACUAUUAUCACUCUUAUUUAAAGACAAGACCUUUUCUUUUCUGUAAUUUUUUUUGUUUUAAACAGACGUGAAGAAAUUCCAAGUGACGGUUGUCUUGUGAUUAUGCAUAAUUCCACUGAACGGCAACUCUAACUUAAAAGACACAUUAUGUAUUUAAAUAGCAGCAAUAUGGUGUAUUUAAUCUUGAAGAUAUUUAAGAUGCCUGCACUUAACAGAACAUUACAGCAAACUAAGGCCUGCCGGCACACAUGAAGUACGUCAUGGAUGCCUCGCAUUCAUGCACAUGUUCGGUGUCUUGAAUUAACUGUGUGUGUUACUCACCCGCCCGACCAUCGCAGACAUUCCAAAACAAAGCAGACGUAGGUGACGUCACCGUGGAAAAGCUCAACUAACAAGUCAAUUGAAAGCUCUAUGUAUCGUAGCUACUGAGGUGUGUAACAGCAGAUGUGUUUGCUUGUUGUGUCUGCAUGUGUCAAGAACAAAACUGAAAAAAAAAAAAACAACAGCAGCAAAGGAAGACUGGUGUUAAAACUGAGACUUUAGUGCCUUUCAAACAGGGGC